AUGUCCCCUUCUCUGUGGCAGCGCCUGCGAGGCCACUCGAGCACGCCCAAGGCGGUAGCAGCACCCACGGAAGAAGAGCAAGCAAAAGACAAGGAGGCGGUCCAGAAGGCCAUUGCAGAGGCAGUCUCUGCAGCUCUGACCGGCGAUGACUUCACCAAAGCUGUUGCUGGCCAUUUGGCUACACAGCUCCAGCCAUCUCUCAAGUCUGCUCUAGAUAUCUCAACCGUCGAAACCAAGCUGCUCGAGUCCAAUGCCGAACUGUCCAAACGAAUUGCCGAGUCAAACACCCAAACGAAUACGAAGCUCUCCGACCUGUCUACCGUCCUCGACACAAACAAUACUACUGCCGCUGGCAAGAUCUCUGCAAUCGAAGCUGCUGUGGCACAUAUCACGGAAUCGUUGGUGGAGCUGGGAUACACUGUGAAGGCACUCCAAGAAAGCGUUGCAUCCCCGGACACUACACUCCUGACAUCGCAUGGCGAGAAGCUGGACACAAUCUCCACCGAUCUCAAGACACUUCACGAGCAAGGGCCUGCCCCAGUCUCCCUCUCCCUCUCCGACAACGCUACAAAACUCGACACCAUCACCGCCGAACUCGCCAUCAUCAAGCAAAAUGCCGAGUCUGCUGCAGCACUGAAAUCAGACCUGGGCACCUUCAAAGCAGAUCUUGAAAUUGGACAAAACACUGGAUUCUCUGGCAUUGGUACGCAAAUUGGCAAUGUUCUCACGGCAAUCGAGGCACAGAAUUCAACGUUGGCGGAGAUUAAGGCAUCGGACGUUGGAUCGGAGGUUUUGGCUGGUGUCAAAGCAUCCAAUGAUUCGCAUACCGCCCACGCUGCUGCUCUUGCGGAGUUGAAAUCGGCACAUGAAGCAUCACACACAGAAUUGAAAGCGGCAAAUCUCAGCCCUGAAAUUUUGGAGGGAGUUAAGGCUUCAAAUGAAGCUCAUGCCGCCCACACCAAGACCUUGUCGGAGAUCCAAUCCAUUGUUGCUACGCCCGCUCCAGCUGCUGAGAAGGUUGAUCUAUCACCGCUGGCUGCUAAACUCGACGAACACACCGCCCACCUGACAGACAUCAAAUCUACAGUCUCCGCACCUGUUCCAGCUCCUGAGAAGGUUGAUCUGUCCCCACUUGCAUCUAAACUCGACGAACAUACAGCUCAUCUCGCUGAACUCAAAUCCCUUGCCUCUGUACCAGCUCCAGCGCCCGAGAAGGUCGACCUCGCCCCGCUAUCUGCCAAACUUGAUGAACAUACCACACACCUCACUGAACUCAAAUCUCUGGCCUCUGCACCUGCUCCAGAGGCAGAAAAAGUCGACCUCUCGCCACUUUCUACUAAGCUAGAUGAACACUCGGCCCACCUGAGCGAAAUCAAGACCGCAGUUACCACCCCAGCUCCUGUCCCCGCACCGGUCGACCUUUCACCACUCGCUGCCACUUUAGAUCAACAUACUGCUCACCUGGACGAAAUCAAGUCCGCUGUGCACACGCCCGCCCCUGCUCCCGAGAAGGUCGAUUUGUCCCACCUCGAAGGUUCCGUCAAGGAAAUCAUCACCACCCUCCACUCGCAGACUACGACCCUGUCCGAAAUCAAAGAUAACCCAACCGACAAUACCGUCGGACUAAAGAUCCUCUCUACUCUCGAGGCUCUGCAGACAGAGGUCGGCAAAGAGGAUGCUGAGAUCUUGAGCUCCGUGAAAGAAGUAAAGACGCUGAUUGAGGAGGACAAGAAGGACCAGAGUGCGGAGAUUCUCGUUGAGGUUAAGGAGGUUAAGGCACUUGUGGGGAAGAUCAGUUUGAGCAAUGGGGUUAGCAUGGGUGAGGAGGUCGGGGAGAGUGAUAAGGGUGUUGAGGUAAAGAAGGUUGAGGGGAACGGGGUCAAGGUUGAGGAGAGUGAGAUUGUUCCUGAGGCUUGA